CCAAGUUGUUUGUCCCUAUUUGGUUUAUGUCGAUUUAGGACGACGCGUUAGUGUUCCUUGAUAUUUCAAGUUUCGUCGAUACUUUGACCACGACGUACCGGUAAUGGAAGGAAAUAACUCCCUAGCUGCAGAUCUCAGCGGGACAGACCUGUCGAGCCUGUUUCCGCUAAUCGAUAGAGCGAACGUACACGGGCUCAACCUGGCAAUACCAGAGCAAGCCAAAGCCAUUAUAAAGCCAUGGAGUGAGCGUGAGGAUACCACUGUAUAUGCAGAUUCCGGUGUAGACGACCAAAUGAUCAUACAUGUGCCCUUCGCACAGAACGUGCGCGUUAAGUCUAUUAUACUCAAAUUAGGCAGAGGUGAAACUACACCCCGCCACCUCAGGGUCUACGCAAAUUACCCCAAUAUCAUCGAUUUCAGCGACGCUGAAAGCGUACAACCACAUUUAAACAUCAGUCUCUUGGAGGGUGAGACGGCAGUGGUUGAAUAUCCUCUGAAAGUUGCAGCGUUUUCCAGCGUUCAUUCAUUAAGCUUGUACUUUCGUGAGUCGGUUGGAGGAGAGCUUUCUCGUGUUUACUACCUUGGAUUUAAAGGGGAUGUGCGGACUCUGCGGAAAGAGGGAACAAAUAAGUUAGAGGUGGCUGCUGCGGACGCGGCUGAUGCACCCCUUGUAGAUCGUCUUGCACAGAAGACAGGAGGGCAACAGACUACUGCACGGUGAUCCAACCGAAUCCCUGAACGCAUUCGGUGACGGCCGUUAGCCUCUGGGAAGUGUAGUCUUGCCGAAGUUAUCGUAUAUGCUAAGUGUAGAGGAUGCCAGGCUGUGACGAACAGCCUGUAUGACAAUAUUUUCCUGAGCUUGAAUUCACUUCAUCAUGUGUAGUAUGAUGCAUGUCAUAUCUCGGCAAACCUGUCAAGUGGCAGCGAGCCACAGACGAGAACAGGAUCUUUGCUGAUAUCAUUGC